AAAAAGUAACCUUUUCGCUCGCACUCAUGGAAACUAUUUGUGUUAAUAAAUAUUUGCAAGUUUUCAGGUUUAUUUUAAUUUAAUGCCCAAAGAUGCACAGGUCCCAUCCCACAACCACUCGCCGCAAGCACUUGCUCAAGGAAAUGAUGGAGGACGACUACGCCUUGCCCACGGAGCAUCAGCAGAUUGUGCGCGUUAUUGCUAGCCGUGGCAACAACCUACACGAGGUGGAGACACCUGAAGAGGACACGUUUCUGGUGUCCAUGCCAUGCAAAUUUCGCAAGAAUCUUUGGGUGAAACGUGGUGACUUCAUACUGGUGGAACCCAUCGAAGAGGGCGACAAAGUUAAGGCAGAGAUUUGCAAGGUUCUGACAACAGACCAUGUAAAGGAGUACACCAAGGCUGGCAUAUGGCCAGUGCGUUUCGCCAAGAAGAAGGAAGAGGAGGAAAAACCCGAUCAUUCCGAUAGUGAAGAUGAUUUGCCGCCAAAUACCAAUCGCAUGGGGCAGGAGCAGGAUGAAACGUCCUCCUCCGAGGAGGAGGAUGAGACCACAGAGGAUGAAGACUGAUACAUGUAGAUAAUAGAGCAGUAGUAGAACCCACAAAUAAGAUUCAAUUUUGUUAAUUGUGCAUUACAAAAAUUUAGCUUUGUAUAUAUAUAUAUUCGCAUUUGUCUGCCCCACA